AUGGAGAAAGAUCAUGCUGUAAAGCUGCAGCAAACAAUCGAAACGCACAAACAGAUUGAGCAGCGUUUGAGGUCCCAAUUGCAAACUGUUCAACACGAACAGCAAGCGGCAGCGGAUAAUGCCCGCAGAGUCCGCUCCCUUUUGACCCGCGUGUCAAAUUGGAUGCGCCAAGUGCAACACGCAGCACAGCGCGAGCGCUCGUCCAUCCACAAAUCCAAACUCGUGGCGCACGAUCUGGAACUAAGAGUGACGCCACGCACAGAGUCCCCGUACAGGCUUUGGUCCAGUGGAACAAGACUCGCAACGAACGUCCCGGACGUAAACCCCCUCCCUCCACCCGCUCCUGGACGAAACCGUGCUAAAAGUCUACCGGCUAAAGGUUUUAGCUACCGCAGCACCGGAAGCCUCCUCGCGUACUGUGCUCACGUCGUCACCACGUCUCUGUCUGGUGGACGUUCUCCCCCGUCACCGCAGUCUAAAGUCACACCGGCAUGGAAACUCGACCGCUUGUCCAAUAAACCGCUCGACGUGGCACUACCGAACCUCUCGAUCGGGUUGCUUUAG